GUAAUCCGUGGUGAAAAAGAUGAACAAGCAGUCUUGUGCAGCAAAGAUAAAACUUACGACAUGAAAAUAGCAGAUACCUCAAAUAUGCUGCUGUUUAUUCCUGGUUGCAAAACUCCAGAACAGCUGAAUGCGGAUCAACCAUCUUGUAGUAUUAUUCAUUCGCAGAUUGCUGGCUUCUCCAAUAACUAUUGGGAAUUAAGGAGAUGCCGACCGAAACUGAAGAAACUGAGGAAGCUUUUAAUGGAAGAUCCAUAUGAAGGGCCAGAUAGUCGGAAAGAUCAGUCUUUGACAUUUUCAAAGUAUACAACAGAAGAUUUGUUCAGCUUGAUUCAAGCAAGUGAAGAAGAAAUAUUGCACCAACUGCAGGUUAUAGAUGCCUGCAAAAUUGAAGGAUAUUGGAGAAUUCUAGAAUUUGACUAUGAGAUGAAACUCUUGAAUCAUGUGACUCAGCUAAUAGACUCAGAGUCCUGGUCGUUAAGUAAGGUUCCUUUACGUACCUGCCUUGAGGAACUUGGAUCUCUAGAGCCCACAGAGAUGAUAGAACAUGUUCUUCGAAGCUAUGGAAGGAAAUACAUUGAUGAUGCAGGGGACGUUUACUUUGAAAUGCACGAAGACAAAAUAUGCAGAGCUAUAGCACAAAUGCUUUUGCAAAAUGCAGUUAAAUUCAAUCUCUCAGAGUUUCAAGAAGUCUGGCAACAAAGUGUCCCUGAAGGGAUGACAACAAGGCUUAAUCAGCUUAAGGGCUUGGCUCUUGUGGAUAAAAGCUCAAGGCCAGAGACCAUCUUUCUGCUAAAAGUAGAAGACUUACCUGAAGACAAUCAGGAAAGAUUCAACAGCUUAUUCAGCAUACGGGAAAAGUGGACAGAAGAGGAUAUUACCCCUUAUAUACAAGACCUAUGUGCGGAGAAGCAGACAGUUGGUGCUCUUCUGACAAAAUACGCUCGCUCCUCCAUGCAGAAUGGUGUUAAAGUCUAUAAUUCUAGAAGACCCAUCUCAUAACAAGUAUUGCUUUAAGAACUGAGAAUACUGAAUGGAGUAACAGUGAAUGUUGCUUCUUCCUGCCUUCUGGGGAAAGGAGUUGUCAACCGAGAUGAUACAGUGUUCUUAAGUUUAAGCAGCCGAGCUUCUUGAACAAGUUUUGUUUUCUGCUCAGAAAUGUGAGGGCAUUUGCCUCUUCUAAGAAACCAUGGUGUCGGCAGCCCAUGCCCACCUUCUUCCUUCUUUUUCCUUUGUG